GCCUAAAGAUACUCCAAAAGUUGCUGCAAGUUCAACUUCGCAUUCAUUCCUUUCAUCUUCUGCGUUGACUACUUCGGCUGUAACAAACAACUUUUGUCGUAUUUGUACAAUGGCAGAUCAACUUACAGAAGAACAGAUUGCAGAAUUCAAGGAAGCCUUUAGUUUAUUUGACAAAGAUGGAGAUGGAACAAUCACCACAAAAGAAUUAGGAACAGUCAUGAGAUCACUUGGUCAGAAUCCAACAGAAGCUGAAUUACAAGACAUGAUCAAUGAAGUUGAUGCUGAUGGUAAUGGCACCAUUGAUUUUCCUGAGUUCUUAACCAUGAUGGCUCGUAAAAUGAAAGAAACUGACAGUGAAGAAGAAAUUCGUGAAGCAUUCCGUGUAUUUGAUAAAGAUGGCAAUGGCUUUAUUAGUGCUGCAGAAUUACGUCAUGUAAUGACAAAUCUUGGUGAAAAAUUAACUGAUGAAGAAGUUGAUGAAAUGAUUCGUGAAGCAGAUAUUGAUGGUGAUGGCCAGGUCAAUUAUGAAGGUAGUGUCUCGAGAAGCAACGUACUCAUUUUCAAUAUAAAGUUUUAAAUGGCUGAUCAACUGACAGAAGAACAAAUUGCAGAAUUCAAGGAAGCCUUUAGUUUAUUUGACAAAGAUGGAGAUGGAACAAUCACCACAAAAGAAUUAGGAACAGUCAUGAGAUCACUUGGUCAGAAUCCAACAGAAGCUGAAUUACAAGACAUGAUCAACGAAGUUGAUGCUGAUGGUAAUGGCACCAUUGAUUUUCCUGAGUUCCUAACCAUGAUGGCUCGUAAAAUGAAAGACACUGACAGUGAAGAAGAAAUUCGUGAAGCAUUCCGUGUAUUUGAUAAAGAUGGCAAUGGCUUCAUAAGUGCUGCAGAAUUACGUCAUGUAAUGACAAAUCUUGGUGAAAAAUUAACCGAUGAAGAAGUUGAUGAAAUGAUUCGUGAAGCAGAUAUUGAUGGUGAUGGCCAGGUCAAUUAUGAAGAAUUUGUGAAAAUGAUGACAUCAAAGUAAUAUUAAAGUAGCUUUCAACUGGACAUUCUCAACUUCUUUCAUAAUUGCCUACAUGACAUAUUUCAACUGCUUGAAAUAUUCUAUUGCUAUUUUAUUUAAACUUAAAAGUUAACAAUCUUGUAGAUUAAAUUAAUGGCAUACAUUGCUUCAUAAACACAGAGUUUAAUGUCUCCAAAUGUAUAUUGUCAAACAUACCUUCAUAUUGAAUAAGACCAUCUUUGUUUGUGUCAA